CUCUGGCGAUCAAUUUAUCCGUUAAAGGGAAACCAAUGUAUUCGCGCCAAUGAACCAUCUCAAGAAAGGCAAUUCUUCAGGGGAAAAAAAAUCACAGAUACUUCGCAAUUAUUCCACUUAACGACCCUACAUUCUAUCCAAUAUUAGUACUGCCCAAAUUCUAUAACAUUUAUGGUGGCUUGUAAAAAUUUUGUAAACAAUAUUCCGAGAGAGCAAAACAAACAUGGCGGACACUGGCUCAGGAAUGAAUGGUGUUGUUCUGGUAGGGCCAGGAGACCUUAAUAACCAGGAAAAUAUGAUUAGUUCAAAUGAGAAUAUUAUACAAAAUGAUGAAGUCAACGGCGACGACCUUCUUCAGCUUGCUUUAGACGAGGCAUCUGGUGGUCUAUCGACAAAUACUAUAGCUUAUAGUGUGUCAAAUGAACUGGUUGAUACAGUGACAAAUGAUACAUUUCAGGGGACAAUAACGGGUGGGGAUAAUUCUGAACUAGCGUUUGAAAAUGCCACUUACAUUGUAAGUGGUGGUGAUUCUGUUAAUUUUAAUGCAGAAGGAACACAGUUCCAGCUUGAGACCAGUGAACCUGGAAACAAUGAUUCAGGAAAUAUUAGUGUGUCAGUUGCUUCUGGUUCAGACAAUCAUACUAGUUCUGUUAUUGGAACUACAAGUAGUGGAUUGACAGUAACCCUUGUUCCAGCAAAUGAGGGUAGUGGGGCACCAUUAGGUUCAAGUCAAAAUCCGAUUCGCAUUAUACAACAAGGUAAUCAAUAUACACCUGUACAACAGUUAACUACUGAACAGUUACAACAGAUAAUGCAAGUUGUCCAACAACAGCAGGUAGCAAAAAGUGCAUCUGAGGGUGGUGGUUCAAGCGUACUCUAUAAUCCGCAAACUAAUACAAAAAUAGUAUAUCGGGUCAUUUAUCCAUCAGAGCUUCAUAAAACUGCAACAGGCUCUCAGAAUUCACAGGGACAGCAAACAAUCAUACAACUGAACCAGCAACAAAAAAGGCAAUACAAAAAGAGAAUAAAAGAAGAAGAAGAAAGGGUUGAUGGCCCAGAUUUGACUCGUGAGGAAAAGGAAGCUAGAAAAAAACACCGUCCUCGUACUCGAUCUGGUCGAGUUUCAAAGCCACCAAAACACAUGAUGAAAGAUUAUAAACAUAUUCAUGUUGUGGAUUGGGACGAAGACUAUGAUGAUUCAGAUGGUGGGUAUUCUGACUUCAAAUAUAGUGAAGAUGAAAAAGAAGAAGAAAAGGAAAAUGAAGCUGAUUUUAUGUUCGAUACAGGUCAAAUGAAGCCAAAGAACUGGAAGUGCAGCACAUGCCAUAAAUCUUACAUAGGGAGAGGAGGCCUUGGGAGGCAUUAUCGCUUAAAUCCAUCACAUGGAAAUGUUGAUGAUUUACCUCAAGAAGAAUCAGAUUCCAGUAAUUUAAGUAGGCCUACAGCAAAUGGUAUGGCAUAUACAGGCAGUAUAUCAGAAGAUAGCAAUACUCAAGACUCCAUUCCAGGUGCAACUGCUUGGUAUCCAACACCUGGAAGGCCAAGAAAGAAAGGUCAAAGAGGAAGACCACCUAUGUAUGAACAAACUCCAGCUCGGAAAAGACAUAAACUUAGAGAGUUUAUUAAACAGUAUGACACAGAAGAUUUAAUGGACAUUGUUCUACCAAGGCUAGCCAAAGUUGUAACAUUGUGGGAAUUUCUUAUGAUGAAGGUAGAAUCCACCAAUACCAAUAAACCAAAUAUACAAAGUGUAUAUCAGGAAUUUGAAUUGCUGACAGAAAAAGUAAAAGAUUUAUUUAAAACCUGCUUAAAACUUUCAGACGGCAAGUCAAAUGAAAGUUCAGAUAAUAGAAUGAAGAUGUCGAAUAGUAGACUGACUGAAGCAAUUGGAUUUGAAACAGGGACAUAUGAAGUGAAUACAGCUGUUCUUCAGUCUACUUUCAUGGACAAUGAUCUGAACAAUACAGAAAAAAUUGAAAUUGUAAAACAGUUUGACCAUGUUCGACAUAAAAGACCACAUAAAAUAGAAGUUAUGAUGGGUCCAUCCACCGAAUCACCCACCAAAAGAUUUAAAUCUAUUUUACCUAAUGAUAAAAAGAGUAAUGUUGUAGUGUCUACUCAAGGAAACAUUGUGUUAAUGGGAAGACCACAAACAACUAAUUCUACAUCUCCUAAAAUAGUUCUAGUUAAUAAUGCACAAACUUCACAAACAAGUUCUAAUCCAUUAAUAGUCAUGAAUAAAAAUCAAUCCAAUUGUUCAGCUGCAGUUUUAGAAUGUGUGCAGUCUUCACCGUCUAAUGUUAUAUCAUCACACACAUCAACACUACCUUCUGCAAGUAAACAAAGUCAUUAUGUCAGUAAUCAAGUAUCACCUACAAAGAGUGUUGUGUUAAGUAGUAAAUCAUUACCUCAGAAAAGAUCUUCACAGACUUUACCAUCAAAACCUAGCACAGUGGUACAAUCCAAUAUCUCAUCAGGAAUCACAAUAGUUCCAGUCAAUAACUCCACUGGAUUUAAUUCUGUAGGAAAGAUAAGUUCUGUGUACAAUACAUCCUUGUUAAGUCAUAACCAGCUACCAAAACAUACUGAAAUUAUCUCUAAUUCUGUAGCAACUAGUUUAAUGUCAUCGGUAGUGUCAAAAGCUGGAGUCAUGAUUGCAGAAAAUAACAUAAAUAACAUACGAGAAACAGACAUGGAGUCAGAAUCUUUAGAGAUGAAACCUGAAGUUACUCAAAGCAAUGAAGGCAGUACGUUCAUUAUUACAAAUUACAACAAUGUUGAACCAAAUAAUUCUUUAGAACAAACGACUUUAGGCAAUUCUAAUGUUGCUCUAGAGAAUACCAUGAUGAAUUCCUCUGGUGGUUUAGAAAACCCUGAAUCUGGAGAGCAGACUAUAGGAGAAACGUUAAUAGAAACAAAUCACAUGGAGUCAACUGAAAUGAUUGAGUUAGUAAACGAUCAGUUAAUCACAGAAGAUGCUUCUUUAAAUAAUGUCAUCACAGCAUCGAACAUUUAUCAGACACCAGAGGGCAUCAUAAUUAUCCAGAAUCAGGACGGCAGUACUGUACAAUUACAGGGAAGUGACGGGGAACCCAUUCCCUUAGAAACAGUUCAGGCAUUAUUAGAAGGACAAUAUCUGCAGACAACAGAAGGGAGUGUCCUCUUAAAUCAAUAAUUUAAUAGGAAAUACAUCAUAAUUGUGCAUAGCUCAUUUAUCUCUUAUUUAUUAUUUAAAAUAUUUAAAUUGUGUCUAAUAUUUAAUUUAUAGGAAGCACAUUAAAGACCUUAAACAUCUCUUUGUUGUAUAAAAUCCUAGGUUAUAGGGUCACUAUCAUAGUAUGAACAGUGAAAUUAAGUACUGUAAAUUCAGAAAUUAUUGCGUGCAUUUAUUAUUGCGAUUUUGUCAUUUCAUACUUGAAUGCGAUUUUAAUUUUUACGAUUUUGAGAAAAGUCAUGCUUAAUUCAGUUAAAAUAUUUGAAAAAUGCGAGUUUUAAUUAUUGCGUUUACAACUCAGUCGCAAUAUUCGCAAUAAUAAAAACCUCGCAAUAAUUUCUGAAUUUACAGUAUCUAAAUUGAGGUCUUGUAAAAUGUGUACCGGUAUAUGUACUAAGUAUUUUAACAUUCAAAUUAUAUGAAAGCCACAGAAAUUUUAUUUUUUUACCAUGUCUGUUAGAGAGAUCUGUUAAGUACAGUUAGUUCAGAAGUAGAUUUUAGUUUUUGUUUUGCAUUAACAUAGUCUAAAAAUAGGACAAAGGUGUGCUUUUUCUGGCAGUGACUUUGUCAAUACUGUUUAAGUUUGUGAUUAAGUCUCACCAUCUGUUAUAGGGGAACCAUUAAUUGGUAGGUCAAUGAUAUUUUGUAUUCAGUUGUAUUAGCAUUAGCACACCUCGAUUUCUGAGAUAAUUUUGUCCCUCCCCUUCAGUCUAUCAACUUUGAAACUGUUUAUUUGUUUACAAGUUUUAUUAUUAGAACAGAUUAUUAAAGGGAACCACUAGUGGUAGAUCUGUGAUGUUACUGUUAAAUAUAAUAGUUGUAUUAGCAUUGCAACAUCUCAUUUCCAUGGAUAUUAUUUGGUCCUAUCCCAUCAGUUGUGUAUUGACCUUGAAAUUUUUUAUUUAGUUUUAUGUUAAAGUUUGUGAUAAGUAUUAACAUUAGGAGAUGUGGUUUGAUUGCCAAUGAGAUAACUAUCGUCUUAAGUUGAUAUGAAGUAGAUGAAAGCAAUAAUAGGCAACUGUAGUCUUUUAACAAUGAGAAAACCCAAUUCAAUAUAGUCAGCUAUAAAAGGUCUAAACAUGAAAUAUAAAGUGAACCACUUAUGAUAAGUCAAUGACAUUUGGUAUGCAGUUGUAUUAGCAAUGAUAUUUUUAAUUUACUGAGUUAAUCUGGAAUUGCAACAUUAACAUGGUUCAUUGACUUGGAAUGUUUUGCAAAGUUUACAUGUAAAAUUAUUUCCAUUUUAAUCUCGACAUUUGAAUUUUAAGAUAUUCUGAAAAUCUUGCAAAUUUCAGUUCAAUUUAAAUCCAAGUAAAACCCCUAUAAAAGUUAUCCUGUUUCACCUAUACUUGUUGCAAUGCAAUGUUUUCAAUGUGCUGCUUAGCUAAAUUGUCAAUUUUAUCUCAUAAUCUGCUGUUUUACAGUUCUGUUUAACAAUAAAUUGGCUUCUUUUUGGCAGUGAAUAGGUCAAAAUAUGGUUUGGUUAAUUAAAAUUUCUAUUUUCUAAAUUUUUGGGAUCUUGCUUUUGUUACAAAAGUUAGUCACAUGAUCAAAGUGUGCAAAAUUCAUUCUCUAUAUUUACCACUUAUGAAUGAGAGCAGAAUUCAGCAGAAAUGAAAUGGAUAAAAAGCAUUUGUUUAUACUCUAUGAGAGCUAAAGAUGGUCUCAAUUAUGACAUGAGUUGUAACACGGUAUAUAUACAUGUAUAUAAUAUAUCAAUUAUUUUUGGGACUUAGUUCAGUGAUCUGAUGUUUGUGGUUCUCUUGGUUAUUUAAAUGAGUCAAAGUAUACUAAUAAGUUUAAGAUUAUCUAUCCGUCCAGUCAGCUUAUUUAGUUUCUUGUGGAAUUAUCAGUUGCAAUACAUUUUAUAUGUUAGUACUUUUUUUCCUAUGUAUGUGACCUGUACAAUUUGAAUUUAGUGUUGGUAAUGACAUGGAACACAAACAGAAGGUACACAAUGAUGUAUUAACAAGGGGGGAAAUGUAAUUUUUAGCAUUUAUAUUUAUGAUACUUUAGAAUUUCAAGCUAAAAGUGUAAAGGACAACUACUAUUUGUUCAAUGAAGUUUUAGAAAAAUAGUAAGAUUCUUCAUUCUCUUAAAAAGUUUGAUGGCACAGACCAUUUCCUGCUUUUAAUAAAAACAUAAAUUGUUGUUUUUUUCUAUAACAAUAACGAACAAGAUUUGGUUAUAUUAUUAUACUGUGGAUUCAUUAUUAUUCGUUGGAUACCAAUUUUCGUGGGAACAGUUGAACCACGAAAUUAAAUGUUCAACAAAAGACAAAUUUUCUUAUGGCUUGUAUGUAGAUUUCGGCAAAACCACGAAAUCAAAUAUCCACGAACAUGUAAGUUUUCCGGAAUCCAUGAAAAUUGGUACCCACGAAAAUAAAUGAAUCCACAGUAUGUAUGAAAAAAUAUAAACAACAAACAUUUUGUAUUUCCUUUCAUAAACCUUUUUCUUAAAACAAAACUAAAGUAUCAAGAUAAAUUUUCUAGACUGAACACUAAAGUGCUUAACUAUCAAAUAAUACAUGCCAUCACAAAUAUCCCACAUAGUGACCAAAAUUUGUUAUUUUUACAAUUAAGUGUGAAUAAGAAUAAGUAUUUACCUACGUUUCUGCAAGUUUUCAUUAGAUUGUUUUUAAGAAUUGAAUGCUUCUUUUUGUAAAUUUAUUGGGGUGUAAAAGCGUUGACCGAAGUACAUUUUGUAUGAAGCGCGGAAGCGCUUCAUUCUAAAAAUGUACGCACGGUCAACGCUUUUACAACCCUAUAAAGUUACAAAAAGAAGCAUUCAAUACUUAUAAUUACAUUUUUUAGCUAGGAUUAUAAAAACACGAAUUUCAUGAAGUUUAAUUUUAAAUUCACCUGUGCACUUUAUUGUGGGACCUCGUGUCAUCAUGAAUGAAAUGUUAUUGUCUCAUGCAAUUGCUUACGGAAUAACAUGUGAUGUGAAAUUAGCCAAUCAGAAUAACUUAUUAUAAUGAAACAUACAUCUAAUGUAAUUAUUUAGACAUAAAGAAAAUAUCUUUUACUGUAGUUACUGAUUUCUGACAGUAAUGUCUACAAUAUCUGAAGAAUGUAUUGUGAAAGAUUUAAAAAAACAAACUAUAGUCUAUUAUUUAUGAUUCUAAAUACCAACAGUGAGGCCUUUUACCAUAUCUUAUCAUUUGUAUAUUUUACACACAUGCAAUAAGAUGACACAGAAAUCUUAUUCAUGUCUGUAAAGUUGUCAGGUUAUUUUUCAAUUGUCCAUCAGUUGGUAAAAUAGAUUAAUCCACAUCAUUUUAUAAAACUCUGAAAUGACAUUUACCCAAUAAAAAGACUUUACUUUGUUCUUCUGUAUUUGCAUGUGGGAUGUACGACUUAAGUAGGACCAGAUUGAGGGAUUCCUCUGACCUUUGUACAGUGAGAUGUGUGUUUCCUCUGACCUCUGUACAGUGAGAUGUGUGUUUCCUCUGACCUCUGUACAGUGAGAUGUGUGUUUCCUCUGACCUCUGUACAGUGAGAUGCGUGUUUCCUCUGACCUCUGUACAGUGAGAUGCGUGUUUCCUCUGACCUCUGUACAGUGAGAUGCGUGUUUCCUCUGACCUCUGUACAGUGAGAUGUGUGUUUCCUCUGACCUCUGUACAGUGAGAUGCGUGUUUCCUCCGACCUCUGUACAGUGAGAUGUGUUACUUUUAAAUAGAAUGCCUAUUCCUAUGGAAUAUUUUAUAAAAAAUUAAAAUGUGAAGAUUUCAGAGAGUUUGUGAAAAUAAAUAUCAGCAAUUUUAUUAUAAAGUCUAAUUUGGUAAAAAGUAUCAUAUUAAAUUGAAGAAAAGAAAAUUACCUGUUUACACUAAUUUAUUUGUUAAAUAGCCAAUGAAGAAACAAUAUUUAUAUUUAGUGGCUUUUAAAUGUAAUUAGUUCUAUUAUAUAAUAUCAAAUUUAGAAUAGAAACCUGAAGAAUAGUUCAUAAUUAUGGAAUGAAAAAGGUGAUUAUGACAGUAAUUCCUGAUAUUUAUAUUUUGUUGAUGUUUCUCCUAGUGCUACAAAGUAGAAUUGUGAAGAACAUGUUUUAUGUUAUUUCAAUCAUUUUAUAUCUACAUUGUGUAAGUUAUGUGUACAUUAGACCCUUAUAUGUUACAUAUACAAUAUGCACUGAUAUAGAUAUUCAAUGUUAAGUUCAAGUGCAGCUAUCAGUUCUAAAGGUAUGAUUCAUACUUAUUUCAUUAAAUACUUUUAAAACAG